UGAACGUCAUAAUCUUCACGAAAGUAUGGGCUAUGUGGAGACGCAAAGUGGAAGUUGAUUAUAAAUCCGUCGAAGAUGUUGUGUCCAACUGUCACAUGCUCACUCACUCCCUGCGAGCUUGACGUGCGCGCAGAGUAGAUAAUGAGACCGAUCGACAGACAUGUGCUGAUGCAUAGCUGAAAGUGCGAUGCUGCGUCAUUGCAGUUGUAGAUUAAAUGCAUAAUCAGCAUGUCAGAGAUAGCAAGAAGAUCCCUCAAUGCCGCCGGAGGGUGAGCUCAAAACACUUAGCUGCAUGAGGUAAUGUGGUGCAGACCAGGCGACAUUUGAUUACGUGGAGACAGACUAUGUUGGAAUACCGUGUGUUAAUUGCGUAUCAUCUGAAUACAAAAUUGAGGUUACCAAUGAUACAUAGAAGAAUUGCAUUGAAGGAUCGACAAAGCUACUUGACAACGCCCCCUCCCUUGUGGUAUUUUGUGGCCUUUCCAUACCCAUCACACAUUUCAAAUCCAAGAAAGAAUGUAACCGAUGAAGACGUGAAUAUGCGACGUUUAUUCGUUGUCCUGGACAUGUUUUAAGUCUCCCCUCUUGU